AUAAUUGUUUGACCUUUUUAAAUGGCGGCGACCAGCCCAACAAAAUCGUCAAUCAGCAAGUUAGCCAUGCCAACAGAGCACCAGCCCACAUCCCCCCCUGCAGGAACCAGCCCUACCCCUGCAGGAACAAGCUCCACCCCUGCAGGAACAAGCUCCACCCCUGCAGGAACAAGCUCCACCCCUGCGGUGGGAACAAGCUCCACCCCUGCUGGAACAAGCUCCACCCCUGCAGGAACAAGCUCCACCCCUGCAGAUGUUCAAGCCUCUCAAAAACUUUUUCAACAGCUUAUCAAGGAAAAACAAUUAUCCUCCGCCCCGGGGCCUGGUCCAUCAGCAGGACCAUCUAGCGCGCCACGAGCCAAGUCCUCCCAUCAGAACAUGCAAGAUUUAUAUGCAAAGAAACUGCGCAAGCUCAAGCGUGCAAUAAAAGAUGCAAUAUUUGAGAAUGGGGCCAUAUGUGACGAAGUUUUACGAACAGAAGAGAAGUUGGCCAAAGCUAAGGAAGAGAGACGAUUUCUCCUGAGGAAGGUCCUCCAGUACCAAUCAGCUAAUGAGCCCAAUGCUCCGACCAUCAAGUUAGAAUCUCAGGUUUCUUCAGCAAGACAAUCCAAAGGUCUAGCAGGGACCCUGCCUGUUGACAAAAGUCCAUCAGAAUACAGUGGCAAGCCUAAGGCUGUCAAGCGCAAGUUGGCAAUCUCUGCAUCCUCCCCCAGCUCAGCCGGCCUGCUGUCUGCUGGCCCAUCACUGGUCAGCACUGGGACAGGUGAAACAAAGAAGAAAAUGGCCAGCAAGGAAUCUUCAGACACACCCUCUGUACGGCCAAAGAAAGGAAAAGGUGCUGCCAAGAAGAUGAUUCCCCCCCUCAUGUUGGACUCUCUUGGCCGUCCCAUUUUCCCAAUGGUGUUGGGAGAUAUCACAUUACAUAGCAUAGGAGAGAUAGUUCCGGAUCGCCUGAGCUUUCACUCGCUGGAGUCCAUCUACCCCGUGGGUUUCUGCAUCACCCGUGUCUACGCCAGCCUCCACAAGCUGGACACCAAGUGUCUGUACACCUGUAAAAUAUCUGACAACAACGAAGGACCUCUGUUUGAGAUAGCAGCUGAAGACAGCUCCGAGAUUCUCUUCAAGUCUACCUCACCAGUUGACUGUCACACUCAGCUGAUACGAGCUGUCAAUAAAUCACGCGGCACAUCACUGAUGCAAGCAGAAGGUCAGGGGUUAGCGUUCUUUGGUCUGUCCCACCCUGUCAUACAAAACCUGAUCCAGUCCUGCCCUGGGGCCAGGAAAUGUUCCCGUUACAAGUGGGUCAAGUUUGAAAUCAACAAAGCAGAAACCAAUGAAAAUGUUGCUGUGGGGACCACAGACCCAGCCAUCAGCUAUGAUGCUUUCAAAGCUCACAUGCAAGCCAGCUAGUUCACCAACUGUCGGCUAGCCAGCUAGUUCACCAACUGUCGGCUAGCCAGCUAGUUCACCAACUGUCGGCUAGCCAGCUAGUUCACCAACUGUCGGCUAGCCAGCUAGUUCACCAACUGUCGGCUAGCCAGCUAGUUCACCAACUGUCGGCUAGCCAGCUAGUUCACCAACUGUCGGCUAGCCAGCUAGUUCACCAACUGUCGGCUAGCCAGCUAGUUCACCAACUGUCGGCUAGCCAGCUAGUUCACCAACUGUCGGCUAGCCAGCUAGUUCACCAACUGUCGGCUAGCCAGCUAGUUCACCAACUGUCGGCUAGCCAGCUAGUUCACCAACUGUCGGCUAGCCAGCUAGUUCACCAACUGUCGGCUAGCCAGCUAGUUCACCAACUGUCGGCUAGCCAGCUAGUUCACCAACUGUCGGCUAGCCAGCUAGUUCACCAACUGUCAGCUAGCCAGCUAGUUCACCAACUGUCAGCUAGUUCACCAACUGUCAGCUAGCCAGCUAGUUCACCAGAAGAAAGCCAGUUCAGUUUUCUACAUGAGAACUCGGUCAAGGCAACUUUGUUCAGGAGAACUGGGUCAAGGCAACUGUGUGUAUGAGAACUGUCAAGGCAACUUUGUGCACGAGAACUGGGUCAAGGCAACUGUCUAGCUGUUGACUUUAAAGUUUCAGAAAAUAAAAUGGGACUUUCAGCUGCUUGUCAUGAUACAUUAACGUCCCCUGUUGUAGCCAAGUUUGCCUUUCAGUGCUAUCAGCUCAAUGUUUCAACAAUUUGAGUUUAUGGAUAAACCAAGGUAGCCCCCAUUCAGAGUUUCUUCCAGGCAUCUCUUCUUGUUGUGCCACUCAAUCUUCUGUCUCUCACCAAAAUUUUGUAUAGUUUCUCUGGGUUUGUUGGGGUGUUUCCACAUUUAUUACUUUCUCGUAUAUACGAAGUAUAGAGAAACCCUUGUAAUCGUGCAAAAAAAAAUCAAGAUUUUUACAUAUUUUUUACACCUCACUGAUACGGAAAAACAUAAUUUUGCAAUCUUGUCCGUAUGUCUGUGUGUGUGUUUGUGUGUCUGUGUGUAAACACGAUAACUGGAGUACCAUUUAAGCUAGGUUGAUGAAAUUUCAUAUAUAAGUAUUUUAUCAAAAUCAUAGAUCCAUAUCAGUUUUUGAGCGAUUUCCGAUAACCGGAAGUGGUACUUUUUCUACUUUGAAUUUUUCAAAAGCCUAUAACUUGAGUUCUAUUUCAGAUAGAUAAACGAAAUUUCACAUGUAAGUAAAAGAUCUCAUUCUCUACCUUCUUUCAAAUUUUGAGUAAUUUCCGUUGAAUGAAAGUACUAAUUUACGCUAUUUCCGAUUUCUCAAAAAACGCAUGUAAAUUUAUAAAGUAUAAUAAUAUUGCGCACUAUUAUGCACAUUUUGUUUUGGCGUUCGCUUGGUGCGCAAUUCUUUUUUCUACGAGAUUCUAUUCUAAUUUUAAAAGUUUAAGUAAUUAAAAAUCAUGUCUAUAUUCCGAGUUAUAUAAGAAUAUUCGAGAAAGUUUAGGGGAGAUUACUCCCGGUUUAUUACUCAAUAAAAGAGUGACUUGAUGUCCCCACUAACCAAUGGCGGAACUAGAAAAAAAGUGCUAACCCGCAAAAAAAAAUAUUUCUGCCCCCCCCCCUAUAUAUAUGUAUAUGUGUGUGUAUAUAUAAUAAUAUAUGUUUUUUAAUGCUUUUUGUAUUAUUAAUUUUAAAUACAUUUCCUUUUUAUACCAUGCCAUUCUUUUGUAUGUAUUUUUAAAAAAAUAAUAAGUAAGAGAAGCAAUUGCUUUUUAAUUUGUUUAGUACAAAUCUAA